AUGGCGUUAUCCCUUAAGGUGCUUAAGAAGUGGCACUGGCAAAAUGGCUUGUAUGCCUUGUCUAGACCUCUUGUUGAUGGUUGCUUCCCAAGUCAGUAUAGUAGCUAUAAAAGACCAGGAACACCGCCAGACAGGACCCCUCCGUGGGCAAAGAUUAACUUUAGCUUUGAGAAAGGCAUAGAAGGGAUCAAGACACACUUUGGACGCUUAAGAAAAGACAUAGGUGAUCAUCUGAGAGGACCUGAGGGACGUUCAUUAAAGGAAUACAUGCUGGAACAGACAAGGGUGACUUGGCAGUUUCGCAGUGAAGAAGAUUUGAAUAACUGGAUAAUCUCCUCUGAUGCUGAAAUCGGAGGGAAAAGUGAAGUAUACCUAAAGCUAGGUAAGAAUAACGAGUCUGCUGUAUUGUAUGGGACUCUCAAUACUCAAGUACCUCGGGAUGGAGAGACAAGAUACAGUGGAUACUGUUCCAUUAAAUCAAAGCCACGACUCAUUUCUUUUGAUCGAAAGCAGCCUUAUGAUUGGACAAAUUUCAAUUGCUUGCACCUGCGUAUUCGUGGUGAUGGUAGACCUUGGAUGAUAAACAUCUAUACAGAUCCAUACUUCUCUCAUCAGAAGGAUGAUCUCUAUAAUUACUUCAUAUUUACCCGAGGGGGUCCAUACUGGGAGGAAAUCAAGGUUCCAUUUUCUAAGUUUUUUAUGUCAAGCCGGGGCAGAAUCCAGGAUCAGCCACACGAACUCUGGGUAGACAAGAUCAGUACUCUUGGAUUCACUUUAGGUGACCAAGUAGAUGGCCCAUUCCAGCUGGAGAUCGACUACAUAGGAUUGGCCAGAGACAGAGCACAUACAGAAGCAUGUGCCUAUGAGCUAUAUGAAAGAAAUCCAAAGUAGAACAACCCUGGGAGUGCUGUU